GAGCCUAGUCGCUAGUUCCAGUCCCAUCCCCUCUACUCCAGCACACGUGACCAUCGCCGCCGCCCGCUACCAGCACCAUGGCUCAGCCACUGCCUCGGCUCUCUGUCCCCGCUGCGCUGGCCCUGGGCUCGGCCGCGCUGGGCGCCGCCUUCGCUACUGGUCUCUUGCUGGGGAGACGGUGGCUUCCGUGGGGGUCCAGGAGACCACAGAGCCUGCUGCCUCCUGAGGACAGCCCCCUGUGGCAGUAUCUGCUGAGCCGCUCCAUGCGGGAGCACCCGGCGCUGCGAAGCCUGCGACUGCUGACCCUGGAGCAGCCGCAGGGGGAUUCCAUGAUGACCUGUGAGCAGGCCCAGCUUCUGGCCAACCUGGCCCGGCUCAUCAAGGCCAAGAAAGCGCUGGACCUGGGUACUUUCACUGGCUACUCCGCCCUGGCGCUAGCCCUGGCGCUUCCCGAGGCUGGCCGCGUGGUGACCUGCGAGGUGGACACGGAACCCCCAGAGCUGGGGCGGCCCCUGUGGAAGCAGGCCGAAGUGGAGCAGAAGAUCGACCUUCGGCUGCAGCCGGCCCUGCAGACUUUGGAUGAGCUCCUAGCGGCGGGCGAGGCCGGAACCUUCGACGUAGCGGUGGUGGACGCUGACAAGGAGAACUGUGCCGCGUACUACGAGCGCUGUCUACAGCUGCUUCGCCCCGGAGGCGUGCUCGCCGUGCUCAGAGUCCUGUGGCGCGGAGAGGUGCUGCAGCCAAAGCCCAGGGACAGGGCUGUGGAGUGCGUUAGGAACCUGAAUGAGCGCAUCCUGCGGGACGCCAGGGUCUACAUCAGCAUCCUGCCCCUGGGGGACGGGCUCUCCUUGGCCUUCAAGAUCUAAGGAGAACCCCAGCCAGUGACCCUUGUUUUAAACCGGACAAUAAAAGGACUGGGACACACGACCUUCUGAGCAUCCAUAUUUGGUUCAUCAGGUGGUGUUCCCUACAGGAACAGACAGCUUUUUCAGUAAAGCGUCUCCCUGGCACCAAGGCUGUGGCCCUCUGUAGUGGGUAGCUUGUUCCAGCCUUGACCUGGUACUACCCCUAGUGAGGCUUCAGGUAACUGUCAUGCCUACCUAGGACCUGCCCCUGGGCGUGGCUGAGACGGGAGCCCAUAAGACCCAGAGGGCUCUCUUGGUUCUUGGUGAUCCUGGAUGGUAGACCGAGCGGAGUUCUCCAGAGAACCCCCCUGGACUGCACCUCACCCUCCCCCCGCAUCCUGUAACCCAUUCCUUUACUUGUAAGGUACCCCAAAAUAAACCUCCCUUUUCGAAAACUA